AUGGAGUCUCUUAUCGCUCUCUGGUCGUUCAUCAUUCUCUUCGCGGCAGCUGCCACGGCAGUCCCGUACUCGCCCACGUACAAUUACGGCUUCGAUGCAGCAAAUUUGGUCAAACGCCAAACACAAGACCCUAUCGUUGUCACAAAGCUUCCCCUCGCCAAUGGAACUGUGCCCGUUCGUCCUGAAAUCAGGCAGAUGAAGCAGAACCCAUACAAAUGGAACCUGUUUUUGCUCUCCAUGAGCAUGCUUCAGUACACGAAUCAGAACGACGAGCUCUCGUGGUACCAGAUCGCAGGCACGUUUAUUCGCUCAACACUCGAGCCAAAUCCUAACACCAGACAGGUAUUCAUGGAGUCCCUUUCGUUCCGUGGAACGGCGUUCCAGGUGCUCCCGGGAUCGACGAUAGGGGCUAUUGCACCCACAUGUCCAUUCUUUUUCCUCCAUGGCACCGCGUCUAUCUCGCCCUUUCUCUUUCGCCUGGUCCAAAUGAUCGCUACCUGGUUCACGGAUCCAAGCGAGCGUGCCUUCUAUCAUGCCGCCGCAGCUGAUUUUCGCAUCCCGUACUGGGAUUGGGCUGCUCCACCGCCGGCCGGGGAAAGCGUGUUCCUCCCUGACUUCGAAUCCGAAGGCAUUCAGAUAUAUGGCCCCAACGGUUGGCAGUACAUUGCCAACCCGCUUUACAGCUACAAGUUCAAUCCGCUGGAUCCCAAAGUUUUCUCCCAAGGCGAUUUCCCGAACUGGACAGAGACCAAGCGAGCGCCGUUUGAGAAGACUGACAACCGCAGCGUGGCGCAUUCCAUCGAACAUGCGAGACCGGCUUUACAGCAGAGACUAUACACUCUAUUGUCAAAUUAUAAGGACUACGGACCCUUCAGCAACAAGUAUUGGGGCACAGCCACCAACCAGUCGCAAUUCGACUCGGUCGAAGCGCUUCAUGACGCGAUGCAUGUUUUGGUUGGCAACCGUGGCCACAUGUACUACAUCCAAUAUUCAGCCUUUGACCCCGUGUUUUUCCUUCACCAUACAAUGGCGGACAGGAUAGUCACGAUGUGGCAAGCUUUAUACCCAAACUCGUGGGUGACGCCCCAGGUCGCGAUGGAGCAUUCUUUCACCAUGCCACCUGGAGAAAUCCACGACGUAUUCACGGAGCUCAAACCCUUCUUUGCAAAUGCCAGCGGCGCAUUCUGGAACUCGGAGAUGGCAAACGACACAUUGCACUUUGGCUACUCAUACGCGGAGACCAUUCCUGGCCAGGGGGGGUCCAAGUCUGAAGAUCGUACCCGCCUCAUAACGGCAAUCAACAGGCUUUACGGAUCAUCCAGCCCUUCAACCCUCGUUCAAAAACGCAAGAGAGCCCUUGGGAGACGAGAUCGUGGGAAGUUUUCGCAACUUCGACAAGGCACUUUGUCAGAUGAUGUGUCACCAGACUUCUCACGCGAGCCUCACGUUGCUGCCAGUCUUGUGACUGAAGAUUACACAUACACAGAGUGGAUCGCCAAUGUCCACGUACAGAACGGCGCACUAAACGGCUCGUUUACUAUCCAUUUAUUCAUGGGCGCGGUUUCUGGAGACAUUAUUUCUUGGUCGGCGGCACCGAAUCUGAUUGGGUCGAUGAAUGUCUUCGCCAUGAAGAACAUGGGAUCCGCCAACCAUGUAUCGGGAACGGUCCCAUUAACGUCAGCUUUGAUGCACAUGGUAUCUGCAGGAGGCGUGGCAGGGCUUGAUCCAGGCCAGGUCGAGCCCUACUUGAAGACGUUUCUUCAAGUCCGCGUGAUUGGAGAGGACGGAGAAGAGGUUCGACCUGAUUCUGUCGUGGGUCUCUGCGUCCAGAUCGCGAGUUCUGAGGUCCAGGCAGCAAGGAACGAAAGGGAGCUUCCGGUUUGGGGUCCGGUUAUUGAAAGGUUCGAAGUGAACUUUGGUUGA